UAGGGGGCGUGGUAUUGAGGAGAUACUUUUUUAUAGCUGAAUAGCUAGCUAGCUUAGCUAGCAACAGAAUGAGCCUGAGAAGAUGUCUUUAUCUCUGCAGGAGAACUAGAGGUCUGCAUCUCCCUGCAACACUCAGAGCAGUAAGUAGCGGAUCCUUAUUCCAGUGCCCACACAAACUCUCUCAAAUCCGUUCUCCCUGGCCCUCUGUAAGAAGCCUCUCAGGAACCUCCUACACUUCAGCUACAUGUAGCCAGAGAUCAUCAACAUCUGCUCGCUUACAAUGGCCUACACCCAAGGCUGUUAUAUUCGAUCUGGGAGGAGUAGUCGUACCUUCUCCGCAGCCGAUUUUCGACAAGUUUGAAGAGAAACACAAACUCCAGAAGGGGUCUCUUGUGAAGACGAUAAAAGUCAAAGGCGAUCAGGGAGCAUUUGGUAAAAUGGAGCGUGGUGAGAUAUCGAUUGAGGAAUUUUCAGAACCGUUUCAAAAGGAAUAUGUUGAAGUGAAUUCCGGUGAACUUACACUGGAACAGACACAGGAGUUCAUCAAGUGUUUAUCAGAUUUCACGAAGCUCAGCCCUCAUCCUGCUGUUACGAACUGUAUCCAGUGGCUUAAGUCUAAGGGGAUUAAAGUUGCAAUUUUGACUAACAAUUUCCGAUGGGAUAAUGGUGAUACUGUGUUUCCUAAAGAGUCAGUUCCUGGAGUAGAUGUGGUGGUACAGUCGUGUAUUGAGGGCCUCAAGAAACCAGACAAAGCAAUCUUUGACCUGACUCUAGAGAGGCUAGGGGUGGGGGCCGGGGACGCGGUGUUCCUGGAUGACCUGGGGGGUAAUCUCAAGACUGCACGGGAGAUGGGCAUGGCAACCAUCAAGGUGGGUGAUAUAGGUGUUGCCAUGGAGGAACUCAACGCUAUUGUUCAGGACGGCUAUUAUUCUCCGCACAUCUCCAGCACCCGUGAGGUCAGCUCAAAGCACGCCCUCCCUGACCUCCAAUUAGCCACCUACCUGGACCAGGUGUUUGGCAAUGAGGUGGAGGGUCCCAUGAGGGUACUGCAGUUUAAGCACGGACAGUCUAACCCCACCUACUAUAUCAGUUAUAAAGGGAGGGAGCUUGUGCUCAGAAAGAAACCACCUGGGAAGCUCCUCCCAUCUGCCCAUGCGGUGGAGAGAGAGUACCAAGUGAUGACGGCAAUGCAGGAGGCUGGUGUUCCUGUGCCCCCGCUGCACUCACUCUGUGAGACAGACAGCGUGGUUGGUACCCCAUUCUACAUAAUGGGCUAUACGGACGGACGAGUGUUCAAAGACCCCACCCUCCCAGGACUCCACCCAUGUGAGAGAGAAGUGAUCUAUCGGUCAGCAGCCAAGGUACUGGCAGCCAUUCACUCUGUGGACAUCCAGAAAGCCAAUUUAUCCGAUUUCGGAAAAACUGGUAACUACAUCCAGAGACAGACAGAGCGCUGGUCACGACAGUACGAGGCGAGCAAAACCCACUCCAUCCCUUCCAUGGAUAGACUAGUGGACUGGUUGCCCAGCAGAGCUCCUAGCAACCACACCACCACUGUCGUACAUGGCGACUUCAGAUUGGACAACUUGAUCUUUGCGAGGGAUCGUCCUACAGUGCUAGCGGUGCUGGACUGGGAACUGUCCACCCUCGGUGACCCAAUAUCAGACCUCGCCUACAUUUGCAUGACCUACCACCUCGAUCAUGACCAACCACACCUCAAGGGACUGAACGGUGUGGACAUAGCUGCUCUAGGCAUCCCAAGUGAGGAGGUGAUGAUCAAAACGUACUCUGACUGCAGACAGGUGGCUGACCUUAAGGAUAACUGGAAUUUUUAUCUCGCCUUCACCUUCUUCAGAGUGGCGGCCAUUUUGCAGGGCGUGUACAAGAGAUCCCUACAGAAUCAAGCGAGUGCCUCCAAUGCAAAGGAAGUUGGCAAAAUGGCUGAGAAAUUUGCUGACAAGGGAUGGGCCUUUGCACAGAAGCAAGACAACACACCCACACGAAUCCCUAAGCCCCCUGGAGCAAGAACUUUCUCUACACUUGCACCUCAGAAUGCUACCCCCCACAGGAAUCACUCCACAUCUGCCCCCUCGAUUGAAUUAAUUACAGGGCCCCCAAGCACUUUCCCCCCUCGGCUGCAGCAGCUGUACAAAGAGGUGAGAGAGUUUAUCAGAGAAGAAGUGCUGCCAAUAGAAGAGGAGCUCUUUGAGCAUCAACAGUCGACAGAGAGAUGGACACCUCACUCAAAAAUGGAGGCACUUAAGGCCAAGACAAAGAAAUGUGGUCUAUGGAACCUCUUCUUGCCGUCGGACUCUGACCCUUCCACUAGUUACGGUGCUGGUCUGACCAACCUAGAGUACUCACACCUGGCUGAGCUCAUGGGACACAGUUUAUUCGGGUCAGAGCCAUUCAAUUGUAGUCCUCCGGACACUGGUAAUAUGGAAGUGUUGGUACAGUAUGGAUCAGAGCAGCAAAAGCAAGAAUGGUUGAAACCGCUUCUCUCGGGUGAUAUUCGGUCGUGCUUUGGUAUGACAGAGCCGGGGGUGGCCUCCUCUGAUGCCACCAACAUUCAAAGCUCCAUCUCUCGUGCUAAUGGUGGAGGGUACACCGUAAACGGCAGAAAGUGGUGGAUAUCAGGAGCCAUGGAUCCCAGAUGUAAGGUGUGUAUCUUCAUGGGGAAGACAGACCCAACUGCCCCAAGGCACAAACAGCAGUCGAUGGUAUUGGUUCCCAUGGAAACAGCAGGCGUGUCUGUACUCCGACCUCUGACAGUGUUUGGGUAUGAUGAUGCUCCUGGUGGCCACGCUGAGAUAGAGUUUAUAAACGUACAAGUUCCUGCCGACAAUCUCAUUCUGGGAGAGGGGCGUGGCUUUGAGAUAGCCCAGGGGCGUCUGGGACCUGGACGUAUCCAUCAUUGCAUGAGGUUAAUUGGUCUGGCAGAGAGAUCUCUGGAGCUGAUGAAAGAACGGGUGAAGGAGAGGGUUGCAUUUGGGAAGACCCUGGCUGAGAGAGACACCAUCCUGGCAGACAUUGCUCACUCUAGAAUGGAGUUGGAACAGGCCAGACUGCUCACUCUCAAGGCUGCUCACAUGAUGGAUACAGUGGGCAACAAGGCUGCCCGACAGGAGAUAGCCAUGAUCAAGGUGGUGGCGCCCCACAUGGCUCAGCGGGUAGUGGACAGAGCAAUGCAGGCAUUUGGUGCCAAGGGUCUGUCUGCGGACACCCCUCUGGCUCAGUUCUACUCUUGGGCUCGUAUCCUGAGGCUAGCAGACGGUCCAGACGAGGUACAUACAACUGCAGUAGGUAAACUGGAACUAAAAUCAUUCCCUAAAUGACUUUUAGCAAAGUGUAGAAUGUAGUGCCAAUAUCCUUCAGUUUUUGAUUGAUUUUUUGAGAAUUGCUUUAUUUUUUGGCUUGUGUGCAUGUACAUGUGUGUGUGUAGUCCUUUUUGAAAGUAUAUAGUAAUAAUAA